AUGGUUGUCAGGUCGGCUUCAGGAACUCUGGGCGGGGUGCCUAUGAAGCAUGUUUCUCUCGUGACACUUAUAUUUCAAAACUCUGCCCUCAUCCUGGUUAUGCAUUACUCCAGGAUAAUGCCUCUGACUGGAGAGCAACGAUACCACGCAAGCACAAGCGUCUUCUUGAAUGAGGUCAUCAAGCUUGCUAUAAGCUUGACUAUGGCAUUACACGAGAUGUCAGGCAACCUUCCUUCGAACACGACGAUCCCAACGCUUUUCCGUACCUUGACGACCGCGAUCUUUACGAACGAAAGCUGGAAGCUUGCGAUACCCGCCGUACUAUACACGAUACAAAACUCUCUCCAAUACAUCGCUGUCAGUAACCUGGAUGCCGCGACGUUCCAGGUGACUUACCAGCUCAAGAUCCUGACGACGGCUAUCUUCAGUGUAUUGAUGCUGGGCAGAACACUCUCGGCGCGCAAGUGGCUAUCGUUGUUGCUUCUCAUCAUCGGCGUCUCUAUUAUACAAGUACCGCAAGCGACUGCGCCGUCACCACCACAAGCAUCUGGUGCAAAGCCAUGGACCAAGACGCUGGAGCAGCUGCACGACCUUGGUGAGAAUGUCGCAGGGCGGCUAGGGAAACGGUCUGGGUCAUACGAGGGCAUACACGCAGAUCGCGCAGCCCAGAUACCCCACAUGAAUUACCGGGUUGGGCUCAUGGCUGUCCUGAUCUCCUGCGCGCUUUCAGGCCUAGCCGGGGUUACCUUUGAGAAGAUCUUAAAGGACUCAACGAGCGCCAAGCAGACGCCGCUCUGGGUCCGCAACUGCCAGCUCUGUUUCUGGUCGCUCUUUCCGUCGUUGUUCCUGGGCGUGAUAUGGAAGGAUGGGGAGAUCAUAGCGAAGACUGGAUUCUUCGUCGGCUACAAUUGGGUGGUGUGGACGGCUAUCGGUCUUCAAGCAGCUGGUGGCAUUGUGGUCGCGCUCGUCAUCAACUAUGCCGAUAAUAUCGCCAAGAACUUUGCGACAUCGAUCUCCAUCUUGGUUAGUUGCAUUGCAAGCGUUUACUUCUUUGACUUCAGGGUGACGCGAUCAUUCUUCCUAGGUACAUGCGUCGUGCUGUUUGCGACCUAUCUUUACACAAAGCCUGAGCGGGGCUCGCAAUCGCUGCCAGUCAGGAUUGCCGACUUCGAGAAGACUACAGUGGAUCGCACAAUCGAUACCAACAAGCCGCGGAGGUCAUCAAUUCUGAACUUUUCCCGCCGCGACUUUGCUGUGAAAGAGCCUCUGAUCAAACCACAUGUAGCAGUCAUGGACGACGACCGCUAUCCACAUGAUGGCUACGAGCAGUUCGGGGCUCCCCGCUGCACGUCGCAGUACGACAUGCUUCGGCCUCAGUUCAAGCAGCCUAGAAGAACAGUCGCACCUCGGGAUCGCUAUCGCGCCACUCAAUAUGACGACCCCCAGUAUGACGUGGUUGAGGACGAUAGCAUGUACGACCGAGGUCAGCAACUCGAUUCAUUCGAUGACAGAGUGCUUCGACAACCAUAUGCUGACUUUGGGCGGCAAGCUGCACAAGGCACAAAGAGGUUGUCACUUGCACCAGGCCCUUCCACGUUCUACAGUCAUGCGGCGCCUACCCAGUCGCAGCCGUCUUACCAGGUUCGUGAUCAAGACACGUACCAUGGAGAAGAAUACCACCCGCGUCCUGAGCAGGCUAUGCGAGGUCAAAUGAGCCGCUUUGCCUAUAAUGCCGCUCCGCUUCAAGAGUCUAGUUCCGACAUGCCGCUCGGCCCGUCUUCUAGUCCAGCACUCAGGGCAAGUCAGCGGCGUGCCGAGCAAGUCACUGAUUUCGGACCUCAACACGGCUCACAGGCCCCACCGUUCGAAGGCGACGGCCAUGUUGUUGCUGAAGAGUACCGACAACAACAUGAGCACUCCCAUGGAAAGGCUGCACCGCCCAGUUUUCGACCACAUGCUAGCCAGCAACGCGCAUCUGCCGCACAGCACAGAGGCGACCUCAAUCCUCCGCAUCAUCGACAAGCUCCCCCAGAGCCGCAGACGUACCCAGAAGAUGUGUCUAGCGCUGCUCCCAUGUGCCAAGGUAUCCGCCUGGUCCCUGUCACUACCCUACCAGAUCGUCUUCGAACGGUGUUUCCUUACCCGACCUUCAACGCCGUACAGUCCAAGUGUUUCGACCGAGUUUUCAGGACCGAUGACAACUUUGUGCUUGCAUCCCCUACUGGCAGUGGGAAGACCGUCAUUCUCGAGCUCGCUGUCUGUCGGGCUGUCGCCACCAACGCGACCGGCCAGUACAAAGUGGUCUAUCAAGCGCCGACAAAGGCUUUGUGUGCAGAACGCCAACGUGACUGGGAAGCCAAGUUCAACAGGUUAGGCCUCAAAUGCGCCGAGCUGACCGGCGACAGCGACCUUGGGGAUCUACGCAACGUACAGAGCGCUAACAUCAUCAUAACAACACCCGAGAAGUGGGACAGCAUGACCAGGAAGUGGAAAGACCACGAGAAACUGAUGAGACUUAUCCGCGUCUUUCUUAUCGAUGAGGUGCAUAUACUCAAGGAAGAUCGUGGUGCCACGCUUGAGACGGUCGUUUCGCGAAUGAAAUCUACCGGCACGGAUGUGCGCUUUGUGGCUUUAUCAGCGACAGUGCCCAACUUCCAUGACAUUGCGGCAUGGUUAGGAAAGAACUCGUCGGAACCAGACAUCCCAGCCGCCAAUGAGAAGUUUGGUGAAGAGUUCCGCCCAGUCAAACUCCGCAAGCACGUUCGUGGCUAUGCAUACAACUCCAGCAACGAAUUCGGGUUUGAAAAAGUGCUCGAUGCCAAGAUCCCUGAGGUUAUCGCUUCUCACUCACAGCGUAAGCCGCUCAUGGUCUUUUGCGCAACUCGAAACUCCACAGUCAGCACGGCAAAGCUGAUAGCAAACUGGUGGGUCUCGGCAUCAGACCGAGAUCGCAUGUGGAAGCCUCCGUCUAAGCCACCCCUGCUGCUGAAUAAGGAGCUUCGAGAUACCGUGUCUUCUGGUGUAGCCUUCCAUCACGCCGGACUUGAUCUCGAUGAUCGGACCAAAAUCGAAAAAGGUUUCAUCGCUGGCGAGAUCAGUGUCAUCUGCUGCACAUCCACGCUCGCGGUCGGAGUCAACCUACCCUGCCAUCUCGUCAUCAUCAAGAAUACCAUGGCCUGGGGUGCGGAAGGAAUGCAGGAGUAUUCGGACCUGGAGAUGAUGCAGAUGCUGGGUCGUGCGGGACGACCUCAGUACGAUGACUCAGCUGUAGCAGUCAUUAUGACCAGGCAGGCGAAAGUCCGACGGUACGAGAUGUUGGUCACAGGCCAGGAUCUCAUAGAGAGCAAACUCCAUCUCAACCUGGUAGAUCAUAUGAACGCCGAGAUUGGACUUGGAACCAUUAGCGACCUAGAGUCAGCCAGGAAAUGGCUUAGGGGUACAUUCCUUUACGUCAGACUCCAGCAGAAUCCUGGUUACUACAAAUUGGACGGCGCUCGAAGUGGUCAAAGCAUCGAAGAGCAAGUUGACGACAUAUGCUUCCGCGACAUCACACUCUUGCGCGAGACCAAUCUUGUGUCAGGGCAAGAGUACUUCCGAUGCACCGAGUUUGGCCAUGCUAUGGCACGGUACUACGUCCAUUUCGAGACUAUGAAAGUCUUCAUGGAACUCGGGCUGCGGUCCACUCCCUCGGAGAUUCUCUCCGCCAUCGCUCAAGCUGUUGAGUACUCUACAGUACGCUUUCGUCAAGGCGAAAAGGCGUUCUACAAGCUGCUCAACAAGUCCGCUUCGAUCCGCUGGGCUAUCCCUGUCAACCUUGAUCUACCAUCGCAGAAGGUAUCUCUCAUCGUACAAUCUGUUCUUGGGUCUGCCGAUAUCUCGUGGGAAGGCGAGGCCGGCAAGCAUCGUUCUCAAUACACGACGGAGACACAGAUCAUCUUCAAGAAUAUUGGCAGUCUGAUUCGAUGCAUCAUCGAUUGUCAGAUUGCCUUAGGUGACUCCAUCAGUAUUCACAGUGCUCUCAUGCUUGAGAGAAGCUUAGGCGCCAGAAUCUGGGACGAUAGCCCGCUCCAAAUGAAGCAAAUUGGCAGUAUCGGCAAUGUCGCUGUCAGAAAGCUCGUCAACGCUGGACUGAAGUCCAUGGAGGAUCUUGAAGGUUGCGAGCCUUACCGGAUCGAAGCACUCGUUGGUCGAAAUCCGCCUUUUGGCCUCGACGUGCUCGAGAAAGUCCGGUCGUUUCCGAAGCUUCGCGUCUCACUCAAUGCUCAACCGUCAACCGCAAUCAAAACCCACGAUGGGGUCAAAAUCCAGAUCAAGGCAGACAUUGGCUUCAUCAACGAGCAGCCGCCCCAGCGCUUCAACAACAAACUCAUAUACGUGUGCCUUUUGGUGGAUACUUCCGAUGGCCGCAAGGUGCAUUUCGCUCGCAUCAGUGGACCGAAGCUUGGGUCUGGCCAAAGCCUCACAUUCCCAGCGCUCUUGACAAACCCCGACCAGUCAAUCAACUGCUACGUCAUUAUGCGUGCCGCCGCCGUGAAGCCCCAGGUCGCUGCCUCUAUGUUUCCAACUCCAAAGCGCUUGGAAACAGAGCGGCCGACAUCACAUCAGUCUAAUAUGUCAAAGCGACGCACAGAUACUGCAAGAUCAAGCCGAAAGGUGUCCGCCACCAGCGAUGACUAUGGAGAUGGUGAUGUAGAUGAUGAUGCUCUUGUCAACGCUUCCUUCCGUGAUCUUGACUUUGAUCACAUCGAGAACUACGCCGACCCUAUCGAUUCCAUCACACGGAAGAAUACUGCGAAGAACAAAGUGACCAAGAACAAGGAUGACGGAAAGAGCAAACGACCGAUUGCUGCUGCUGAACACAACGAUCCGGAGCCAGUGCAGCUAGCCAACGGCAAAUGGGCCUGUCAUCACCCGUGCAAAGAUCGAGAGGCAUGCAAGCACCAGUGUUGCAAGACUGGUAUGGAUAAACCAUCGAAGAAGAAAGCUGUCGCCAAACGUGUACCAUCGGGCGAAGAUCGACCCGAGCCGACGCAGAAACCACCGCCUCCGAAAGGCAAGGAGAAGCAAACCAAGCUCCAGCUCACAGCAUCUAAGAGGAAGAUCUCGGCGCCGAUUGAUGAGCUCGAUCUCACGCAACAAGAAAAGAAGCAGAGAGCCGACUAUGGCACCAACGGGCCUAGGGACUACCGCGGCCUGCAUCAACUGCACAAGACUAUUCAGGGUAGAGAGCUUCCCUCUUCACUCCACUCGGUCAAGUACACGAAGCCAGCCUAUUGUUACUCUCAAGGUGGCGAACAUAGCCUUGACUUUAUGGGCGGCUCCGCUCCCGAGCGGCACCCAACAUCAAGCGAUUACGGUGAUUUCCGGUUUGACGAGCAAUCAGUCGACUUCGAUCAUCCUCAGCAUCAGUCUGCGCAGCAAGACUCACUCGGUGGCCCACAAGAGCCGGAAGAUUACAUGGACUAUGAGCCUGCAGCUCAUGUAGCCUCUCACGAAUCUGACGCCUUUGACGAUGACGACUCUGUCCUUCGAGAGGCUUUCAUUGGGCUUGCAGAUUCUCAAAAUCUUCAGGAGAUUCGUGAAAGCGACAUUGAUACCGUGCAGCCCUUCGAAAACGUCAUCGACGAUGACUACAUGGGUUACGGAAGAGGUGACAAACAGAUAGACUCUAGUUUGAUCAAUUCCGAAGAUCACAUUUCGCAAAAGCCGGAGUUUAGUCAUCCCGAUCAUCCUCGCAAAGCACAAAUCAAGACCUCUCGAUCGCCUUUCUUUGACAGCGAAGACGGUGCCGAAGCCAAGCUUGCAAACGCCACACCCACAAAGGUACCCACGCCGCCAAACAUGCAACAACGAACGACUACACCACCCGAGCCGCAUACAGCCGGCGACCAACGAGACGCGUAUGUGGGCCAUGAGGUAGCAGACAUGUUGGAUAUGUUCGGCGAUAAGCCGGCAGUUGUCUCACUAGUCGAGAAGAAGCCGGUACCCGAAGCUUUCAAGGGCCUGGAGCCGUGGUUGUUCCAAGAGUUCGGCGACAUCGUGGAACUUGUUGAUGACUAG